AUGACUUUAUCGCGAUCACCCUCUCCCCGCCCGGGCGGAGGGUGGUCCAGUCCGGGACUCGUUCCGGCUAGCGGCACCACAUCGCCGCGUGGUCCGUCUCCCGGUUCAUUAUCCCCAGAUACACCAGGCAGUAUUUCGUGGGCUGCAGCCAAGGCAAAAAGCGAGGAGGUGCGCGGGUAUCCAUCAUUCUCAACACGUAAUGGUGGCUUUUUCUCUCGACAGCGACAUAAGAUUUCAACUCGGUUCUCUAGCUUUCGAAAGCUUUCUCCUCGCGAAUACGUUGACAAGGAUGACUAUGGCCGAGACUGGAAGCGUGCGGGUGGUGGACGUGGUCUGCUAGGCGCACUACGGAUACCAAUGCGCCGGGGUCGGUUCCGGCUGCUGUUUGCGCUAUUCUUGGUGUGGAUUGGGUAUCUCUUUUGCUGGACGAGCAUUAUCCAAGCAUAUCGAAGAUCCCCAAUCGGGGGCGGGAGCAAGUUCGUCAUCAUACUCGGAUCAAACGUGGAGGGCGGUGUUAUGGAAUGGAAGGGUGCACGUGAAUGGGCCAUUGAACGCAACAGCAUAUGGAACAAGAAGAGAUAUGCGAAACAAUGGGGCUAUGAGCUUGAGCUAGCCAAUUUGCUGGCCAAGAAGCGAUAUUCACAUGAAUGGCGCGAGAGCUGGGAGAAGGGCGAUGUGAUCCGCGAAGCUAUGCGCAAGUAUCCAGAUGCAGAGUGGUUUUGGUGGCUCGACUUGAACACUUGGGUCAUGGAAUACGACACGUCACUCCAGCAUCAUUUGUUCAAUGACCUCGAGGCACACGUCUACCGCGAUAUCACAGCCUAUAACCCUCUCAACAUCACACACCCGCUACCUGAGUUCUGGCUCGACGACCUCGGUCGUGCCCUUGAGGGUGACGGCAAAGCUGAUUCUUUGAAUAUGCUCUUGACACAGGAUUGCACCGGAUUUAAUCUGGGCUCGUUCUUCGUGCGACGAUCUCUUUGGACCGAACGCCUGCUCGAUAUCUGGUGGGAUCCCGUCAUGUACGAGCAGAUGCACAUGGAAUGGGAGCAUAAAGAGCAAGAUGCCCUGGAGUACGUCUAUCAGAGCCAAGCAUGGGUUCGCAGUGGUGUUGGCUUUUUACCACAACGCAGCAUCAAUUCUUUCCCUCCUGGCGCAUGCGGCGAUGGAGAUAACCCAGUCGUUCACUAUCAGCAAGACGCACACGACCUCGUUGUUAACAUGGCUGGGUGCAUGUAUGGUCGCGAUUGCUGGUCCGAAAUAUAUUACUACCGCGAGCUUAGCAAUUGGCUCGCCCAGUCGGGCUGGGAGCGACUCAAGGACGGCUUGAGUGAUGUAUACGAUCGAAUGACGGGGAAGCCGCCUAAAGAUGAUUAA